UGUAGCGCUAGCUGUUUAGCUGAAGCGUUCUUGACAGACAUUAAUGGAAUAAAUCUUGAAACCCAGCGCAGGCGGGAUUGCACGCUAAGGAGAUAUGAGUGAUAUUCGCCAUGCCCUGCUUCGGCGUGACCCACUGAGUGCGGCCAAAGAAGUGCUCUACCAUCUGGACAUAGCAUUAGGCAGCUCGAUUCAGAAUGCACAGGGCCUGGACAAGAACACAGUGGACCUGGUGGAGGAGUUCAUCUUCCACGUCCCCAAAGACAGGAACGGACAACGGAAGAGAUUGAGCUGCCUUCAAGAGCUGCAGCUGCUGGAGAUCAUGUGCAGCUACUUCCAGGAACAGAGUAAAGAUGCAGUAAGGCAGGUGAUCUUCACUGCUCUCUUCAGCCUGCAGGGCAACAAGGCAGACGAGAGCCGGAUGGCCAUGCUGGGCAAGCUGGUGUCCAUGGCUAUCGCCGUGUGCCGCGUGCCCGUCUUGGAAUGUGCCGCCACUUGGCUACAGCACACUCACUCAGCAUGCUGUGUUCGGUUGGCGCUGGUGUUGGUGGAUGAUUACUGCACACUGGUACCCGGUUCCAUUAACACCUUGCAGAACGUCCGCUCCGCCAGCCCUCGUUUUUGCUGCCAGCUCAUCACAGCCGUCACCGCCCUGUAUAAUUUCUCCUCAGAUGAACUUACUCCACCCCCUGCCCUGUUGGAGAUGGUGGUUGGCUGGAUCACAGAAGACCCCAGACUACUCCUGCUCACCCUCAUCAACACUCCGCUCACCUCCAGCUUACCACUCGGCUGCCUUGAGGUCACACCUCUCAUGGGCCUCCUCCGGUGGUGCGUCAAGGCUCCUCUGGCCCAUCAGAGAAGCAGAAAGCCAUCACUGACCAAUGGUCAGGUGGAACCAGAUAAAAAGACAGGAUGUGAUGAUCUUUACUCCAAACUGCAUCUAAGUGUUCUUCAGGUUCUUCUCAUGUUACAGGUCCACCUUACAGAACAGAAUCUAUUUGGCCGGUUGGCCGUGCUGCAGGUGGAGUCUGUGGCUGCCCUAAUUGAAGAAGUUUGUGGUUUAAUAGAGGAGCUCAACCCGCUCCAUGCCGCCAAUCAAAUCCACCUGGCUCUGGAUAGGCUGGCCCAAGCACUGCAAGUCACUAUGGCAACAGGAGCCUUGCUGUGCACCAGAGAGGACCUGCGAACACUCUGCUCAAGGUUGCCUCACAACAAUCUGUUACAGCUGGUCAUGUCCGGACCUGUGGUUCAGCACGCCGCGCCCUUCCAGCCGAGCCUGUACCCCUACAUCCACCCGGCUCGGCCCUCCCCUAUUUCGCCGCACGCCGCCCAUCCUGCCCUCUCCCCGCUGCCCGCGCACCCAGCCCUCGCGACGCAUCGUCCACUAACACCGCACACGGCCCACUCGCCUCUCCCGCACGCCUUUCAUCCCGCCAACAUGGCCUUUCAAUACCGGUCCAUUCGCUGAAACGAACUCCCACCUGCAUUAGAUUGAUCAAACGAGACGGACCAUUGCAACAAAAUGAAACCAGGACGCAUUCUGCUCGUGACAUGCUGGAGCUGGAUCAGUUUCCAGUGGUUGUUCAGAUCUUGAUGCGGUUUUCAGAACCCAGAAUAAAAUGUGACUUUUUUUUAAUUCUAUGGACUUAUAAUUCUGUAAAUUUGUUUAAUCAAAGCACAGCGCUGCAUUGUUGUUGUACUAUGUUUGUAGAGGAUUACAAAUGAAUCCCAUUUGUUUUU